GGCCAUGAACAAAGUAAUCGAAAAAAAAGUUUAGAGGAUUUUUAUUUACUCCAAAUUGAUUUUUUUACCCACUUCGCUACGGGCCUUUGAUCCACCAAUCUCUUCGAGAAAUUGGGCCAACCAUAGUAUAUUAAUUUGUGGGAGAAGCCCAAUAUUUCAUGCCCAAAAACAAACUCCUCUUACAAAAACAGCUUCCCCUGUAUCUCCCUGCUCUUCUUCCGAUUCAACGAUCCCCGCACCGUUCUUCGUCCUCCUAAUCCGUCUCAGGAUAGGUUUUCAUUCAUCUCGCUCCUGAUACUUCUAAAAGGCCGUGUACAAGUAUAUAGAGAUUGCACAAGCCUUUUUGCAAGAAAUGGAUCCUGGUAGAUAUUGCCCUCAGCGAGGAUGGGAAAAUAACAGCGUAAUUGUGGUUUCCUUCCUAAUCACAUAUAUGGGAUGAUAAACAAGAAACUAGGGUCAUGAGUCUGUCACAUUUUCAGACCUUAAAGAACAUUGACAGAAAGCCAUGGGACAGUGAGGAUGUGGAUUGGAUUUCCCUAUCUUGUACAAUGAUAAUUAAUUGCUGACAUACCUUAUUCUCUUGAAUCCACAGGCUUUGGAGGGUUAUGGUGGCAUCCAUGAGCCUGAUUUCCGGGUUGGUGGUUCAUAUGAGGAUAGGAGAUUUAUUGAUGAACGAUUUUCAAGAGAUAAUGUUUACUCAAGAAGCGGGUUUCACCGUGAUGUAUUGGAGAGGGAGCCGUACCCACAUCCUCCAGCAGCAGCUGAAAUAUGGCCUCAAGCAAGGAGAAGAGGUUAUGAUGAAGAUUAUCCAAUGGAUAGGGAUUCCAGAAGGAAUGAGAAGCUGCCUGCCAGGUAUGGGGGACGUGACCGAGAUGAUUAUGCUUAUGAUCAUUAUGACCAUCGCCACUGUGCUUCUCAUCAAAGAAGGGAAGAUAGCCUUGAAAGGGACUAUGAUUAUGGCAGACAUAGUUAUGAUUCUGACCAUGAUAGAGGCAAUAGGAGAGUUAGUAACUGGAGACAACGUGGUUCCCGUGAUCGUGAUCAUGAUUGUAGAGCAUCAAGUCGUGAAAGAGACCACAGUCCUUACUCAAGGCAUGAAUAUUCCCGUUCACGGUCUCGUGACCACGAUGAUCGCCUGAGGUCAAGGUCUCCUCGAAGUCGAAGUCAUAGCCGUAGUCAUAGCCGUAGUCACAGAGAGGACAGUUAUGAUGAUCUUCGGUAUGAUAGAGGUGAAAGGCGCAGAGACUAUGAUGACAGACGACAUCAUGAUAACUAUUCAGUGGCUCCUUCUGCGACUGUUGUUGUGAAAGGUCUUUCCCAGAAGACAACAGAAGAAGAUCUAUAUCAGAUCCUUGCUGAAUGGGGACCCCUGCGCCACGUUCGUGUUAUCAAAGAGCGGAAUUCGGGCACCUCUCGCGGUUUUGCUUUUAUUGAUUUCCCAUCUGUGGAUGCCGCCCAAGCAAUGAUGGAAAAGCUUUGGGAUGACGGUCUUCUUGUUGAUGGUAGGAAGCUAUUUUUUGAGUACAGUAGCAAACCAACUGGAGGGACCAAUGGGCCUCUCAUUGGUAUUGACAGUUCACGGUCUACUCAAGGUAGCCACAGAAGAAUGACGGUGCCCUCUGAUUGGAUGUGCACUAUUUGUGGAUGUGUAAAUUUUGCACGGAGAACGUCCUGCUUUCAGUGUAAUGAGCCACGUACAGAUGAUGCUCCUCCCGCUGACAUGGCAUCAUCAAACCCUACACCUCUUUUCAAGAGAGAAGCAGGCCCUACCCAUGUUUUGGUUGUUCAUGGCUUGGAUGAAAACGCAGAUGAAGAAAUGCUUCGAUAUGAAUUUUCUAAGCAUUGUCCUAUCAAGGAUCUUAGACUUGUCAGGGACAAAUUCACCCAUGUUUCAAGGGGGUUUGCUUUUGUGCACUUCUAUUCGGUUGAGGAUGCAUCUAAAGCUCUUGAAGCUACCAAUGGAACAACUUUAGAGAGGAAUGGCCAGAUUCUUAGAGUUGCGUAUGCAAAAAGUAUCCUUGGUCCAGGAUCAGGGGCUCCUGGAGCUUCUCAGGCUAGUAGCCUUGCUGCUGCUGCCAUUGAAGCGGCAACUUUUGCUCAACAGUAUGAUGCUGUUGGCUGGACACCGAAGGAAUACAAUCCAGACGAAAAGCAAUUUAAUACGGGGCAAGAGCAGUCUGGAGAAGUUGCAAAUCAAAAGGAUGGUUCUGCUCCACAGUCUGGUUUUGUGUGGGACGAAACAUCUGGCUAUUAUUAUGAUGCUGCUUCUGGGUUCUACUAUGAUGGGAAUACAGGCUUAUAUUAUGAUGGAAAUAAUGGAAUCUGGUACUCAUACGACCAGAACUCUCAGCAAUAUGUCCCAUGCAGCGAUCAGAAUGACAAAACUGCUCAGAAUCAAACUGAAAAUGCAUCCAAUGCAAGAAAGGUGAUUAUAUCUGCACCUGCUACUGUGACAUCAUCAAGCGAGAAAGCUACAUCAUUACCCGAUGCCAUCCAAGCUGCAGCUGCAGCAGCAAAUGCUGCAGAGAAAAAAGAGAAGGGGAAGUCAUCAAAAGAAAUAAAGAUUGCAAAGAGCAGCAUCCUUGCCAACAAGAAAAAGAUGAGUAACGUAUUAACCAUGUGGAAACAAAGAAGCCAUGAAAGCCAAGCACCCCGUGUGGCUCUAGAUAACCCGCAGGCAGUAGAUGAAAAACCCAAAUCAAGAAUUGACUCGGUGGGUCCCAGUGUCCAAUCAGUAGGAUUGGAAUCCCAGGAUAGGCCUCUGACCAACAGCUCUGGGGUAGUAGCACCUUUAAAGGGUGUAAUUAGGGGAUCUGGACUGGGAGUGGUGAAAAAAGACACUUCAUACACAGGGUCAUUAGGAACUUCUGCUCCAUCGGUUACUUCAGAUGUUGCGACAAGUGCAACUCCAUAUAGAACAGAUCCAUCUGCAUUGAGUUCCUCCACAUCAUCUGUGACAGCUGGAAGUGGCGGUAAAAGAAGGUUCUCUGAGAUGCCAUCACAACACGUUUCCGAUAAGGAACAGUUUACAAAUAAUAGUGCCUAUAGAGACCGUGCCGCCGAGCGAAGGAGUUUAUAUGGUUCUUCCUCAUAUGGAGACAAUUUAUUGGAUCUCGGGGAUUCAAAUCAUGAUUCCACAUCGAGAAGAGGUGUGUUUGAUCCAACUCCUUUCCCGCCUGGAGUUGGAGGCAGCCGUGUUUCUGCAGAUGCAAAUCUUCAAAGCUUUGAGGUUAUAACUUCUGAUCGAGCUAUUGAUGAGAGUAAUGUUGGGAACCGUAUGCUCAGAAAUAUGGGCUGGCAAGAGGGCUCGGGAUUGGGAAAGGAUGGGAGCGGGAUGAAGGAGCCAGUUCAAGCACAGGCGACAGACAACCGAGCAGGACUUGGAAGUCAACCGAAGCCAAAGAAAGUCGACCCAAGCCUGGAAGUGCAGGCCGGGGACAGCUAUAGAACCCUGAUACAGAAGAAGGCGAUUGCCAGGUUCCGCGAGAUGUCUUAGCUUUAUAUACCAUUUGUUGAUUAUUCUUUUUGGUUCUGUUGUGUUUCUACUGAUGACAACAUUUGGUGUAUGCAACCUCUGGUGCUUUAAUGUGAUAUGGUUUUGAGUUUUUUUAUGCAAUCUGCAUCUCUGUCUCUCUCUGUCCACUCGAACAAACACCGUUGUUUAUUCUGGACAUUUUACGUUUAU